AUGGCCACUCCCUCGACACCCUUCUCAGCUUCGAAUCACCCUCCGGCAUUAUCACCUCAUGGUCCUCGAUCGGUUGUACCCUCCCCGCAGCAGCUCAAAAAAUCACCCUCGAAUACAAACACGAAUUCAAAUACGAUGUACGGCUAUCCUGUCGGCGGUCACCCCACCAAUUCUUCAUUUGGCGUGGGCUAUGACAGUCCCUCUGCAGCGAUGGCUUUGGGGGCUGUGCCGGGACUCGAGCUGGGUCUGGAGGGACUGGGUGUUCCGGGCAUGGGGGGCGGAAUGGGGAAUGACGAUGAGAGGAAGCGGAAGAUGGGGCAGCUCAUAGAUAUGUUGCAGACGAGUAAAGGUCGUCUUAGCGAGAACGGAGUGGAACGCCUGGCGAGGCGGAUGGGCUUGGAUCCGAUUUUUGACAUCGAAGAUACUACAGUACCACGAACGCUGAUCAUUGCGGGAAAGGCUUUAUCUCUUGAUAUCGAGUUUGACCGCGAUGUCGUCAAGAAGGUUAUCCUGGCGUUUCCUGAGGCCCUGGAUAUGGUUACGAGACACACUAGCAAGGCGGAGGCCAUCCUGUUGAAAGAUCUCCAGUUCCAGGCGCAUGAGAGCCCAUUAACGAAGAGGCUGGACCGAUUCGCGGCGAAUCUGGAGAUAUUGGCUGCUUCAGAUAAGCUGAGUGUCAUCCCGGGGCUGAACUGUCAUGAAGCUAUUGCGGGUAUCUAUGAGAGCGUGGAGAGACUACAUCUGUGGGAGGUUGAGAGGCUAAAGGAGACGCAGGAGAUGGCUGGGAGAAGCGAUGCCUACGUAGUCAAGACGGCGAUGUGUACGAAGAGUGGGAAGCCAGUUAUCCAUACAAGAGAUAGGCUUGGCCUUAGCUUGGAGUAUUGGCAGGAGAGACGGAGAUUGGCGAGCGACAAGGCGGAAAAGACUUGGUCGCUGGUAAUCCAAUGUGCGCCAAUCUCUGACCUUGUCUAUACUCCAUUGCGAGUUUCUCAGCAUUGGAUUUCGGAUAAUAUACAAAAAGCCGAUGCGACAGCUGAGGAUCGUGCUCUGGAGCCGGACAAUGGACCCGUGCUGGAUUGGCAGGAGCCUGAGAGUACUCUGCUACCUCCUACAGACCCUCCGAAGGCGGAUGGGAUGGAAGGCCUCGAGGGACUCACGGGUCAGAAGUAUCCAGAAGUUAUGUUUGUGGCCAAAUUCGACCCGCCGCUCGUCGUUCCUUACACGCUUGCCAGUCAGAUAUACGCCUCAACCGCGUAUCCCAUGGUAUACUACGGGUCUCCACAUUUCGACGCGUUGCUGUUCCCCCUCGACGCACAUGAUAUUGAACACGAUGGAAUGCGUAUCAUCCCACGGGAACGCACUGUCACCGCGUAUUCCAAGGAGGGAGUAAAACUCGAAUCAAAGCAGACACACGAGCUAUGGAUCGAGAAGGCUGACUUCGGCUACACCCUGACCGAGCUCCCUUUCUCUCACCCGAAACAACUGGUUGAGAUGUUACCUGCCCUCCGACAAUACGCCUUCCUCUCCACGGUGCUCAACAAUAGCUUUGGUGCCGGCACAAAAGUGCCUCCCGAACCGCCUCGGAAAACAGAUCGCAAGAAGGCCGAAUUGAAUGAAUUCCUACAAGAGGGUGAAGUUCAGCGUUCUAAGAACAUGGACGUGGUCUUGACCACGCAGCCAGAUCUGCGCUUGAGAGUAAUCUUCGCCUGCGGCAACACUAAGGGCGACGUCACGUUUCUGAUUCGGUUGAAUGGCGUGGUUGAGGUCAAGCUGCAGAAUCUACUGAAGGAAGGUGGUGACUGGAAGGGUUUAACUGUCAAGGACUUGGGUAGGAUGUUGGAGAUUACGGAGGAUUUGGGGGUUUGGGCUGAGUUUGUGAAAAGGCGUUUAGGAUGA